AUGGGAAUCACACUUCAAAUCAGUCGUCCAAAACUUGAGUAUCAUUUAGGCGGUAUUACAAUAUGUUUUAUUGUUAUAUAUCUGGUUGAAACGUUUGUCAUUUUUCCUUCAUUGAGCACACCUACAUUUUAUCUUUCGGCUCUUGGUGUCAAUCCAAUAAACUCAAAUCCUGCAAUAGACUGCUUGGAAAAGUCAGAAUCGAUAUGUACAUGUCCAUAUCUAUACAUUCCGAAUAUGGACAAAUCAAAAUGCGAUUGGCUUAUUUCUAUUCCAGUUUUUUAUGAGCAAGAAGUCACAUUUAUUGUCAGUAUUCUGCUGAUAUGUGCAUCAUCAUUUAUGCUUCAUCGACACGUUUGCGAAUAUGCCUAUCGUCUUAUUGAUCGGCGACGCGCUGUGUCAAAUUUGAUGACUCAGAAUGCGGAUUUAAAAAAACUACUAGCCCAAAUGCAUGUCAAGGACAAUCUUGAUUUGGAUUCGCCAAUUACCAAGGUCAUUAAAGUUAUCCGGGAUAUUCAAUUCAAAGGAGAUCUUGAAGCAGACGUAAUGGAGAGUCUGGAUUAUGUGAUUUCUCUUUUAUCGUCAAACCAGCUUUUUUUACCCAAUUUGAACGUAAACAAAGAUGCAAUGGAUACGGAUGUCAACAAAUGGUUGAAUGCCAUGAUCCACCAAAAUGAAGCACCAAAACUGACAACGGACUUGAAAUCAAAUAAUUUAAUGACUAAUAACUACGCCAGUAUGCUGUCAUUGACACAUUCCAGACUAAUAUUUCUUGGAACACGCGAUCCUAGUAUUGUCGAGGUGUUGGAGAACAUUGACACCUGGGAGUUUGAUAUUUUUGAACUAGCAAGAGUCACCAAAGGUCGGCCUUUGUAUCAUUUAGGCAUGGCAUUGUUUGAAAUCUACAAUUUUCAAGCAACAUUCAAUGUAGGAGAAUCAGUAAUGCGUGAAUUUUUGAGCAAAGUAGAAGCAAACUAUCAAGCCAACACAUAUCACAAUUCCACACAUGCCGCAGAUGUUAUGCAUUCAUUACAUUAUUUCCUUACUGUAUUGGGGCUCAAUGAGCUGGUGACAAGCGAAGAUGCCUUUGCGUCAAUCAUUGCAGCAGCUAUGCACGAUGUAGAUCACCCUGGAUAUAACAACGCAUUUAUGAUUGCAACCUCAUCACAAGCAGCAAUCAGAUAUAAUGACAUAUCUGUUUUGGAACACUAUCAUACUGCAAGAGGAUUUGAUAUUAUGCUAAAUGAGCCUGGAUGCAAUGUGCUUGCAGGUGUGUCGCCCGAAAAAUACAAAACACUGCGUGCGUCAAUUAUUUCAAUGAUUUUGGCCACAGACAUGACUGCCCAUUUUGAAUAUAUUGCUAAAUUCAAAAACAAAGUUAACGGUGCAGGUUUAGAACUUACAGAUCCCAAAGACCGCCAGUUGUGUAUGGAUAUUGCAAUAAAGUGUAGUGAUAUCAAUAAUGCAGCCAAAAGUCUGCCGCUGUGCACAAAAUGGGCUGAAAACAUUAUGGAAGAGUUCUUUAAACAAGGAGAUGAGGAACGUAAGCGAGGUUUGCCCAUUUCAAUGUUUAUGGAUCGUCAAACAACAGUGAUCAGCAAAUGCCAAGUUGGAUUCAUCGACUAUAUUGUGUUACCGCUCUAUGAGGUAUGGGAUCAGUACAUGAACGAGGAUGGAAAAUUUCCUGCAGUCUCAAAUUUGCAAUCAAACAGGGAUUAUUGGAAAAAACUUCACGAAGACGUCCCAGCAAUCAUAACAUCAUGA